AUGGUUUUGAGAAUAAUCUUCAUUGCUUCAUUACUGAGAACUCUAAUUGCUCAAUGCCCUGAACAGUUUGAUUAUGUGGAAUCGCUGGGGAUUUGCCUUGGAUCAGAACAAACGGGCAAAAGUUAUACAGAAAAUGAAGCAGUUUGUGGAAAGAAUGGUGGCAAAUUGGUCCUACUCAAUGAUGCUUUUAAGAACACUCUUUUAGCAGCUUAUGUAAAACAGUCUCUCACAACAAAUCGAGCAAUGAUCGGUCUUCAUCGCAAUCUUUCCUCAUCAGAUCCAUCAUGGAAAUGGUCGGAUGGCAGUUCGCCUGUGUAUCUUCAUUGGGCUUUUAACAACCCUGGAUCCACCGACGAAUGCACUUUUCUUGAUGGAAAUGAUAUGUACUGGUACAGUGGAUCUUGUCAAACAACAAUGCCGUAUUUUUGUGAAACGGGACCUCCAGCUUGCAACCGUUGCUCUCUUAGUGACCCAAAACUGACACUUGAUACGAAUUCUGAUGGAGCUCGAAACUUCACUCAAAUUUUGCCUGGUUUUGAAGCAAAUGGUUGUGGUUUCUUGUUAUUGAAUUGCACAUCUCAAGCAAUAGAGUAUCAAGCGACAAUAUCGAUCCAAUACGAUUCAGCGGGUACUGAGGAUGGAACACCGACAGCUUUAGCAACACUUGUUUGCAGGGAAGAUGGGUUAUCAUGGACUUACGCAGCUCAAGGAGUUGUUCGGAGUAUCGACACUGUUGGGUGUUUCCCGGUUGAUUGUGAUAUGGUGCCUUGC